ACCCAAAGACCCAUCGGAUCAAACCCGACAUCAAUAUCGGCAAAGGCGUAAAUCCCAGAAAGGGCCUUUUCAUUUUGGUGUUAGGCUCUGUUCCAGUGCUGGGAUUUAAUCAGGGUUUUUUUCUUUGUUUUACUUCCACUCUUCCAAUGGAUAGAUACCAGAAAGUAGAGAAGCCAAAGUCUGAAUCACCCAUUAACGACAAUGAGAUCCGAAUCACUUCUCAAGGCGCUAUCCGAAACUACAUAAACUAUGCCAUUGCUCUUCUUCAGGAAAAACAAGCGAAGGAGAUUGUCUUAAAAGCAAUGGGACAAGCAAUCAGUAAGACGGUAGCCAUUGCCGAGAUUAUAAAGAAAAGGGUUCCCCAACUGCAUCAAGAUACCGCCAUUAGUUCGCUGAGCAUAACUGAUGUGUGGGACCCUAUUGAAGAAGGGCUUGUUCCUGUGGAGAUGACUCGCCACGUCUCGAUGAUUUCUAUCACCUUGUCAACCGGAGAGCUAAAUAAAAACUCUGCCGGGUAUCAACCUCCACAUUUUGUUGAAGAAUCUAAGCCGCAAUAUCAUUAUCAUCAGCAGCAAUCACAGAAACAAGCCCGGAUCCCGUAUAAUUCUGUUAAUGAAGAUUCAUAUGGUCGAGCAAGGGGUCGUGGUAGAGGGAGAGGGCGGAGUUGGGGUAGGGGUGGAUAUGGAAAUUAUCAAGAUAAUGGUGGAUACUCCAACUGGGGCAGAGGUGGUGGGCGAGGAAGAGGUUGGGGCUAUUGUGGUAGUGGCUAUGAAAGAGGCAGACGCGGAGGGGGCAGAGGCUAUAACCGUGGCCGUGGAAGGAUGCAUGGUGGCCGCUCAAGGGGUGGUGGUGGUGGCUACUAAAGCAUAAUCAGCGACCUGAAGCACUUGGUUAGUUUUCUUCUUUUUAGACCAUGAGUUAAAAUACUUGCCUUGGCCAAUGUUUUGGAAUAGCAUGAGGUGUGGCUUAAACCUCCAUCUUUGUUAGGCAGUGGUUUUUUUUGUCUUGGUGUCUGCAUUAUAUGGAUGAGAGGCUUUUUCAUUUUUGGGUCAUUUCGGAUUUAGGCAAGGGCAAGUGGGGAUGGGUGGGUUAUGAUUUGCGCUGUAAUUAAAAGUUACGGUUUCGGUUGUGAAAACCCUAAUCAUGUUUAUGUAUAUAUUGAUUUUUUUCUUUGAAA